GGCAAUUACAGAAUGACCUUGCACUGAGCCUUUGUGGAAGAAGCAAGAUUUGAACAUCAGUUCUUCAAUGUGCAUCCUUUUAUUCAAAUUUGACCCACGACCAGUUUCAAAAAAUGCAUACAGGCUUAUUCUAGCAGCUAAUAGAGAUGAAUUUUACCAUAGACCAUCCAAAUCAGCAGAUUUUUGGGACAGCAGCAAUGAGAUUCUUAGUGGUCUGGAUAUGGAGGAAGGAAAAGAAGGUGGAACGUGGCUGGGAAUUAGUAAAAAAGGCAAGAUGGCAGCCCUGACAAACUAUAUGCAGCCAAAGAUUGAUAAAAAUGCAAAAGGAAGAGGUGCUCUUGUAACAAACUUCUUGACUGCAGAUCUGGACAGCUACUCUUACUUGAAGAAAGUUUCAGUAGAAGGACAUCUUUACAAUGGAUUUAAUUUAUUAGCAGCUGACUUGAAUACCACCAAAGGCGAUGUAAUUUGCUACUAUGGAAACAAAGGAGAACCAGAACCUGUUUUCCUAAGUCCUGGAAUAUAUGGCUUGAGUAAUUCUUUGUUGGAUACACCAUGGAAGAAACUUCAAUAUGGGAAGCAGCUUUUCACAGAAGUGGUCAAGAGAAGUCAAGACCUUACCAAAGAAGACUUGGUGCAGGAGCUUCUUGCAGUGAUGAAUAAUCAAGAGCCUCAACUACCAGACCCUGCGAUUGAAGACCAAGGGAAGGAUUAUAUACGUCCUAUAUUGAAUAAGUACGCGGCUGUAUGUGUUCGUUGCCCAGGUUAUGGAACAAGGACUAACACUGUCAUUCUCAUUGAUUCAGAAGGACGAGUUACUUUCACAGAGCGCAACAUGAUCAAUGCAGAUGUCAACCAGUGGAAAACAAGCACCUAUGAAUUCGAACUGCACACUUAACAACUUUCCAUUUGAAUGGUUUGUAAUAAUAGCAAUGAGAAAACAAGCCAUUAAGCUCUAGUAAAUGUUUUGUGCCAGCCUUCACAAGCUAAAAAUAGCAGGGAAAGCAA